AUGUUAUCUGAACGUGCUAUAAAAGGCUUAAAUAUUCCUUCACAAAGUUUUUAUUUAAAUAAACUUUAUAAUGAGGAUCCUUAUAAUGAAAAAACAAAUGAAAUGGGAUAUAUUCGACUUUCUUGUGCAGAUAAUUCUUUAAGUUCUGAUUUAAUAUUUGAAAAGUUUCGUUCAAUAAAUUGGCAAAAAUUUGAAGAAAAUAAACUUUUGCAUUAUCCAAGGGAAGGGGGAGAAUUGAGCACUUUAACUUCUGCAGCAAAUUUUAUAAACAAAUUUUGUCUAAAAGAACUUUCUCCUCUUUCACCAGAAGAAUUAAUAAUUAUUUCUGGUGUUACAAUGGCUUCUGAUAUUCUUAGUCAAAUUUUAUUUAAUUCUGGUGAUUCUGUUUUAACUCCAGCACCUUUUUAUUAUCGUUUUGUUAAUGAUUUUGGGGAAAGAGGGCUUGUUAAUGUAGAAAUUGUUCAAACUUUAACUGAAAAUGGAGUAUUAGAUCUUUCUGUUGAACGAUUUGAGGAAGCUUUUUUGAAGGCAAAAGGAAAAGUCAGCGCUAUUUUAAUUGUAAACCCUCAAAAUCCAGAUGGCUGUUAUUUUACUUUAAAUCAGCUUAAACCAAUAAUUGAUUGGGCAUUAAAUAAAAAUCUUUUUAUUAUUUUGGAUGAAGUUUAUAAUUUGUGUAUUUAUGAGGAAGGACAAAUUAAUAAUUGUUGUUUUGAAAGUGCUGUUAAAUUAUUUAAAACUCCCGAAGAAUUAAAUAAAAUGAUUUGGGUUUGGAGUAUGAGCAAAGUUUUUUCAAUUCCUGGACUUAGAGCAGGUGUAUUUUACACAAAAAAUAAAAAAAUAAAAGAAGCUGCUACUAAAUUUGUGACGUUUAAUCAACCAAAUUGUGUAACACAAUUUAUUAUGAGACACUUUCUUGAUGAUCAAGAUUGGUUCGAAAAAGUUUAUUUAUUUGAAAAUUUACGUCGUCUCAAAAAUACACGGAAUAAAUUGAUUUUAUUUUUGGAAAAUCAAAAAAUUCCUUUUAUUAAACCAAAAUCUGGAUUUUUUGUUUUGACUGAUUUUUCUAAAUUUAUGGAUGAACAAACAAUUGAAGGGGAAAGAAGGCUUGUUGAACGUUUUAUUAGAAAAAAAGUUUUAAUUAAUUCUGGGGAAGAAUUAAAGUUUUUAAAAAUUGAAAAAUUAGAAAGUUUUUUUUUAAUUUUUAGAGCGCCUAAACCAGGAUGGUUUCGAAUUGUUUUUUCGUCAGUUAAUUCUUCAACAUUAGAAAAAGGUUAA